GCGAACAGCCGGCGACACACGCGCCGCAGAACGCGAAAACCUUUUAUAAAUUUGAAAAUAGAACUUAUAUUUUUUUCUAAAAUGGAUCACUAGUGGCCAGUCCUAGGUGUAUAAGUUUGUUUGUGGUGCUGUUGGCUGUUGCUGUAGGUUGUAGUGUAAAUACUCUUUUUGAUAUUUUGUGAGUGUUUGUUACGAUGGUGUGCAAGGUGGUUCCUACCUCGGAAAGAUCCCACAGAGGAGCCGAUCCGCGUAGUGAAGAAUACUCACACACACAAGAAGUGGUCGACUAUGAAACUGCCCUCGACGCCGCCGGGUACGGCCACUUCAGCCGGCUGGCUCUCGGCGCGGCUGCCCUCGCCUUCUUCACGACGGGCGUGCAGAACUGCGUCAUGUCGUACGCGCUGCCGGCGGCGCGCUGCGACCUGCAGCUCGUCACCUACCAGAGCGGGCUCAUCAUCAUGGCCUUCAUGUGCGGUGGCGUGGCCAGCGCUUUCUUCUGGGGCGUGGCGGGCGACGUGGUGGGGCGGCGCAACGUGCUGGCCGCGUCCCUGCUGCUGGACUCCACCGUGCUGAUGAUGCAGAGCUUCGUCACCGACUACCGCCUGCUAUUGGCUGCGCGGUCUAUUAACGGCUUCCUGAUUGGAGCGCCGUCGACGCUGGUGUUCAGCUACCUGUCCGACGUGGUGGGGCGGCGCCGCCGGCAGCUCUACCUCAGCGUCACCGGCAUGAGCUUCGUGGCCGCCUGGCUGCUGCUGCCAGCCCUAGCUUGGCUAGUCAUCCCCAUCAAGUCCUCCCACCCGACCGCCCUACCAGUCUACUCCUGGCGCCUGCUCCUAGUCAUCAGCAGUGUCCCCGGGCUGGUCAGCGGCGCGUGGAUGCUGUUCCUGCCAGAGAGCCCGCGCCUGCUGACGGACACGGGGCGCGGGGACCAGGCCGUGACGGUGUUCAGGAUGAUGCACCGGGUUAAUGGGGGGAGGGAGGAGUAUAAGAUAAAGAAGGUGCUACCAGACUGCGCGUUGCCCAAGUCGCUCGGGGCCGCACAGGGCCGCACUCGGGGCCUGCUGGUGGGGGUGCUGCGCGACCUGCGCGCCCUGGUGUCCCGGGCGUAUGUGGGCAAGUCCAGCCUUGUCAUGUUCGUGUUCUUCGCUAAUAUGGCGGCUGGUUUCGGCCUUAACCUGUGGAUCCCGGAGCUCCUCCUCCGCAUGCAGGGCAAAGCGUGCUCCUCGGCGACCAGCCAGCUGCUGAACCCCCCUGGGAGUCACCUGAUGACCCACCUCAGCGGUCACCUCGGGAACAGCUCCGGCUACAGCCAGGCGCGCGUAGCGAGCCCGCCGUGCAACGAGGAUAUGGAUGAAGAUGUAUUCACAUCCGGCCUAAUAGUCGGCGCGUGUUGCGUACUCGGGAACGCACUAUGCUCCCUACUCUGCUCGCGAGGGGGCGGGCUCGGGGUGCGGCGCGCGGCGGCGGCGUGUGCGGCGGCGUGCGCGGCGGCGUGCCUCUGUCUCGCGGCCUGCGUGUGCGCCUGCGCAGCCUCCAGCCAGGUCGCCGUCGCGGCCGCCGCAGCCCUCAAUGCGGCGUCCUUGAACGGGAAUGUGCUGCUGAUAAGGCUGCUGCUGCAUGCUUUGCCGGCUAAAUUGAGUGGUCUCGGCGUGUGUUGGGGCGCGUGGUGGGGGCGCGCGGGGGGCGUCGCCUCCAACCUCGCCGUGGGGGCGCUGCUCGACUACUCCUGCCCUGCGCCCUUCGUGGCUGUGGCCGCCUGCCUCACUAUAUCAAUAGUAGCCAUCGUGAUGAUCAAACUGGACAAGUCGUCAGAGCCAGCCACGGACCACGCGGAAGAUGAACUGGACCUGGACAGCAGCAAAGACAAGACUGUCACCCUCGACCGAUACAUAUCAACCCACAUGUGAACUUUAUGCCUCAUACAGAAUAUACUGUAGACUCUGAAGCAACAGAAAUAAGUGUAAACGGUAAAAGUUUACUAGGUAAACUAUUUUUAUUUGUAUAAUGUCUGACACUAACUUGAGUCUUAUUCUUUUUCAUUCAUUUAGGGCUCCUACUUAGUUUGAGAAAAAAAAACUCCCAUCUUUUACCCGUUGCAAAGCUAGCGGAAUCUAGAAGGUAUUCUAUUCUAUUCUAGAAGGUAUCUUAAGUAUUAAAUGUUAGAGACAACAUAAUGUUGAUUUUGAGGUAAGAGGAAAGUAAGUUGGUGUAUGUGGUGAUAAAAAGGUACUUACCAUGAAAAGCGUUCGCCAGACGUGUAAGAUAAGAUAAAAUGUUUUCUAUCCUAUUUUUAUAAUGAUAAGAUAAAUUAUUCACACUGUGCCUUUUGCCUUUCUGUAUCGUGUCGUGUCUGUAUUUAUAAACAAAAAAAAAUGUCGUAAGUAUAACAAAGUGAAAUAUUAUAUUCCAUAGGUACAUUAUAGCUAAUUUAUGAUCUCGUUGUAAGAUAAUCUCAAACCUUUUGUAUGAAUGAAAAGUAUGUAACCCAAUAUAACUUUACUAUGCUUUUAUCGAAUAUAGUUGAUAAGUAUAAUAGUGGUGCAAAUGAAGAAAUGUGGUCCAAUCACGGAGAAAAAUUUAGGAGUGGGACACUUAACUGCAGGUAGGUACUGAUUAAGAUUUAGUAGUGAUUUUAUGAAAUAAAUGGACUACAAUUAAAAUUAAGUACUGUAAGAUGUGAUAAUUAUUUUAUGAGACGCAUAUUUACACGCUUAUUACAAUUUUAUAUUUAUCUACCGCUGCUGCUUACUGUACAAGGAGUGUAUAUCUAAUAUGAAUAAAUUUGACUAUUUUUAAUAACGGUAUGAUUUUAUUUAAAAUAAAGUUCUUAUGUAUUACAUGUAAGUAGGUAAAUAUAAAUGUAUACUUAUUAUUUUCCAUUUGGAUGGUCUUACAUAGCCGUGCUAUCAAUCUCGUAGCAUUUAAUAAAUUCUUCAUACAAAAGACAUCAACGCGUUGCCUCAUAUUUUGAAAGUUCUAAAGUCUCUUCGAUCAAGUUGCUUAUCUACAAAGCGUAUGGCAAUAUAUGUAUUUGCGGAUAUGAGAUCAAGAUAAUAUACUACUUAAA